UGUUUGUGUGCGCACCUAAUGUGCAGACUUAUAUGAAGGACACAGCGGUGACAAACAUUAAUAAAAUCUUAAUAUGUCACGCCCCCCUCAGACGCAAUAUUUAGCAAUCCAAAGAAGAGUAUACUCCUGACAUGAGCCAUACUUAGGUGCAGAAAAUGUGUAAUAAAUAGAAUAUCUAAAUAUAUAUAAAGACGGCAAUAGAUUUUAUUUUGCAUCAGAUUUGCUUGUAUUCUGUGUGGCAGGGAACACGUUUUGUUGAGAUUUACAUUCGCACCGGCAUUUUCCCUUUGUGCUGUGUUGUUGCAAUUUCUUUGAGAUAUUGUGUCGAGGAUUGAUAAGACUUCCAAACAAAGUAGCACACAAUGGUGUAUAAUAAUGUAUGCAGAGGGAGCACCAAUCAUGUUUUUCAACAGUUCCAUGCCCUUGCAGGACCGCGUCUUCACUUUUUCAGUGGCAGAAUGCUCGUUAGUGAAGUUACUAAAGGAAGUUAAAUGAUGAGGCAUCUAACCAGGGGUCCUUGGGAUCUCACAACCAGCGGCUGCUGGGCAAAGCUCAAAACAAAGAUAAUGCAAACAUAUGUCCAAUGUUAGUAAUGUUUAAUGGUUAUCUCUUAAAUCACUUAAUUUAUUGAAAACAACUACAAUGAUUGUUGUUUUCUUGAAUUAAAACAUGCAGCAAGAUAGCAGAAAUAAAUAAAAACAAGAACAGAAUACAGCAGCAUAGUCUUUCUUAUGGAAUAAACCAGAGAUCUCAAUCCAAAGUCCAAAUAUCCACAAAGAGGUGAUAAGAGUAAAGACAAAAUCAAAAAAGUAUAACACCAAAUGGAUGGAUGUCAAAAAUAAUUCUACACAGAUGAGAACCUAUCCAAUAAUCCAAAGCAAAGAACCAUAACCCUAUUUAUUAACUCUUGAGUCGGAUCUCCCCAUCGAGUGCUUGCUGAUCCUUUGGUAUUCAGACAGGACAAACUAUUAUUUUCUUACAUAAGAACACAACCUUGUAGUUUUCCUAUUGUUCUUCCUCUCUCCACAAAAAAAAGAAGAAAAACAACAUUUAUUUUCAUCCUUUUCUUAACUUCCUGUUCCUAUGUUCUGAGUCAUAGUGUUCCUAUAAAAAGAGGAUGGAUUGAGCUGGCCAAACCUAACCCUUUUCAAUUUACCAACCAAUGUGUGCAACAUAUGUGGAAGAUGGAUGCAAAAUAAAGUCAACCCCUUUAUUCAAAUAUGGGUUGGUCCACACCAACUAAAAUCCAAAUGGGGAAACUUGUUCCUAAAUUCAAAAUGCUUUUAUAAGCCUUCCAUCAAAGUUUGAAGAAAUUAAAGAAAAUGAUCUACUAUGAUACGAUGCAUUAAUUGACAUCUACUAGGUCAAACCGGGUCUAACCUCUGGGAAAGCAAUUAUAUUGGUCUUAUUACACGGCUCUUCUCAAUGCCGCGGAACGCUCCGUUCACUUGCAUGGGCCCUUCACAACUUCUGGCUGUGAAUUAUAUUUGAUAAUUCACCGUUGCUAAGUAUUAAAUGACUGCUGUCAAGGAAAGUGGAUUAUUUUGCCAUCUUUCGUAUCACUUACUCAACUUUAAUUUUUCCAAGCGCAUGCAUGAAGCAGGCUGCCUAUAGCAGCAUCAUUAAAGUGAUUCUGAAUGUGUCCGACCAAAACAGGAAGGAAACCUCAAACAUUUUGUUAAUUUUAUUAUUCUAUACACUGAACACUAGUACAUUUACGUACUAGGGCACGGGUAGUAGACUUCUCUUCAAUCGUUUAGUCUACUACCUGUGCUUUCUUGGUACUUAACAAGAGCAGAGCCAGAAUGUGGUGUAAAGGGCCGGGACUGGUAGGCAAAUGUUUGUGAUUGGGAGCUCACUCCUUAUUGUAGAUAUUACACCUUAAUACCAUUCAGUUACAGCUAGGCUUUUAUGUUUAGACAAACAGAUUUACUAGGAUUUUUUGCAUCACUUUGACUAUGCAAAAUGGAUUGAAACCACACGCAAGCAGACCUAAACUGAGGCGAAUGACGGGUUUGGGUGACCAGGGACUUUUAAAACAGCUCAACAUAUUUCUCUCUUGGAACAGGGCCAUUGUGAAUUGUUGAUGUAGAGAAUUUACAUGGAUGUCUUGACAAAGGCUGUCUCAUGGGGAUAGACACAUCAGGGUUAAACUUUGCCUUAAACAAAAACGCUUUUACCUUAAGGCACAGAAGCAGGAUUGAAGUGUCUGGGGAAGAUAUGACUAAUUUAGUUGCAAUCCUUCCAACUCCGAUAUAGACAUUCAUACACACCCACACAAUUAUAUCUUCUUACUUCCGCUUGAGGCCUAUGUCCUGCAGCUGAUCUUGGAGUUUUAACAUUAUGCUCAGACGGCAGCCUACCCCGAUUCAUUUUUUGAGGUAAGUUCAUAAAGAAAUUGGGUAACACUAUUAGUUUUAACGCUAUAGUAUCACUUUAAUUUGUGAGCUGUUGAACCAUCGUUAUUUACAAAAAAACAUUCACUGACUGUAUUUUAACAUGAAUGAAUGAAUAAUAAGCAAGGAAUCCAGUUAGAUAAUACACUGUACAGUAUUAGAAAAAAAUAUGAACAAUGAUGGUUGUAAUUUAUUACAAAUGUGUUUGAAUACCAAUAAACAACUUACUAGAUGAGCAUACUAAAUUGUUCAUUAUUUUUGUUGUUAGAUGUUCUACUAUGCUGUGAGUGAGUGAGCUUUACAUAUAUUAAUAAAUAUAAUCUUACAGUUAAUAACACAUUGGUUGCGACCAGGAUCAACAAGGAAAAUCAACAAUGCAAUGACAUAAAUCAGGACAAUUGGGGUGCUUGUCGGAUGUAUGUAAGAUGUAUGCCCUUUUAUUAUUGAUUUGAUUUAAUAUUCAAUGACGGGGAAAAAACUACAGAAGAGUGCAACUUCUAUUGACAUAGUUCCUUCUACCGUUAUUCAUUGAAUAUAUUGACUAGGCAUGUCAAAUGUAAUACCCUAGCAUCAUACAGCAACACUGUUAAUGCAAAGAAUGCACAGUAGUAGGAGUUCAUGUUCAGUUCUUCAAAUUUAUACUUUUUAUAAAAUGUUUACGCACAUAUACUUUUUGCAUCAUGGAACAAAAUGACCAAGAAAAUCAUGUUGAGCAUAGGCCAAAACGUUGUGAAAAUGUUGGUCAGGAGGAAGCUUCUAUAACACUGAUGUAUAUUUGGAACUUCACAAAAUGGCCUCCCGUCCAUCCAAUUGAAACAUGAUCUGCCAGUGCAGCAGAGAAGCUUUAGUUUGAAAUGUAAAUUUCAGAAUUUAUUCAUGGGAAAAAUAAUAAAAUAACAUUAAAUGACUGACAACUGAUGAAAACAAAAAUUCUUCAUGCUAAUACUAACAAGUUCAUUUGAACCCCAAAAUACAUUUCUUAUAAUUUACUAGCAAUUGAAUUCCUUGCUUUUAAAUCAGUCAUACAUGUUGAACAAACAGCUUGUUCAAAGCCUCAUUAACAAUGACAUUAAUUUUAAAGUGUACUUAGAAUGUAAGUAACUAAAGUUCACUGUAUGUACAAUGACUUGACUAUUUUUGAUUCUCCGUAAAAGUACCAGGUUAAUGACAAACCAAAUGGUGUUUACAGGUUCUUCAAGCGGCAUUAAAUAUGAACACUACGACUCCCUUCUACGAAUGGAUUUAUAGCCUCAAUACAGACGACUACAGUGUGGGACCGGUGCACAUGUGUGAAAGAGAGGAUGACAACUCCCUCGGGGCCCAGCUUUCUGUGCUCUACUUCCUCAUGUUUUUCCUCAGUCUGGUUGGGAAUGGUUUGGUGUUGUUAAUUAUCUACCGGUUUGAAAAGUUGACAACCGUGACCAACAUAUUCCUGCUAAACCUGGUGGUGUCUGAUUUAAUUUUCAUGAGCAGUCUUCCCUUCUGGGGCAUCUACCAACAACUCUCCACCUGGGUCUUUGGCACAUCCAUGUGCAAGAUUGUGGGCAGUGCCUACUUCCUGGGCUUCUACAGUUCCAUCCUUUUUCUAACCCUGCUGACCUUUGACCAACACCUUGCAGUUGUUUACUCCCUUGUUGCAUCACGUCUGAGAAGACAGACCUAUGCAAUUGCCUGUUGUACUGGGGUUUGGCUUCUUAGUUGUUUGGCUUGCGUUAAACCAAUUAUUUUGUAUAAUGUCUUCACUGACUUGAACAACAAGCAGUUCUGCGAAGAAUAUCCCAGCAAUGUUAUGGUGAACACCUUUGUUGACAUGUCUUUCUUGAAAGCUUUCUGGAUAUACCUUCAGCUCUUUUUUUUCUUUUUCUUCCCUUUGGCUGCCAUUGUUUACUGCUACAUCAGGGUCACUAUCACUGUAGUAUCAACAAGAAUUAACGCCAAGUUCAGGACAGUGAGGAUGAUUUUUUUCAUUGUUUUGAUAUUCUUUCUGUGUUGGACCCCAUAUAAUGUUGUUUUACUAAUGCACUAUUAUUUUGGUGGGUCCACAUCCUGUGAGAAAAUGCAAAGGCUUGGUUAUGCACUUCAAGUCACACGUAACAUUGCUUAUCUUUACUUUUGUAUUAGUCCCAUCCUUUAUUCAUUUGUUGGCAGAAAGUUCCAGAACCAUUUGAGACAGCUGCUGGCGAAAAGCCUUCCAUGUAUAAAGUAGCAUGCUGCUUUCAGUUAUAUCCAGGGAUUGUGAUUCCUGUCUUGAGAGUGAAUGCAAAUUAUUCUGCAGUAAACAAUGUGUUGGCAAAUAUAUACAUAAAUAAUAAACGAAAUAGUGGAAAAUUAUUAAAGUUUUUUUUAUUAGAUGGGGACACAGCUCUUAUUAUAUUCAUUGGAGAACUCGUUUUCAAAAAGUAUUUUUUCAAAAUAAGUACAGGCUGUGUGUUGCAUUGGAGCAUAUGUCAACAUAGUUGUUUCAGUAUUAUAAAUAUUGAAUUUGUAUUUUGCUGAAGUUACAAGGUUUCAUUCCUGCUGUGUUGUGUCGAAAAACAAAUGACAAGGAUAGCCUCAGUACUUUUGUUGACAUUUUUUAUUGGUCAUCAAAACAUGACAGAUUUCUUCCCUUUGUUAGGAGGAAGUCAACAUAUUCAUGUUCAGUACAUUUCUUAUACUUCCUUAUUUAUGUUCUCAACUUUUCCAUGUUACUUCACAUAUUCUUUGUAAAAGGUGAUUACUCCCAGUUCAACAUAUUGUCAGAUUCUGCAGACCAGAAGUUGUUGUCAGGUCUCCAGUUAUACUCUACUCCAGCGUUGGUUAA